UCCAGCCACAGGGCCGAGUAGACGUUGCCUUUCUGCAGGACGUGAGGCAUGGGCCCUUCGGUGGCUACCCAAAACUUUAAAAAGAUGGACAAAUAAAGGAGACAAAUACUGUACAAACGCUUGUCACACGGACUAAUGCAAUGGCUUGAAUAGGAUGGCUGGCCUUUGUUUUCCUAACGUGAGCGGCGCACAUUUGUGCGCUCUUUAAUUGCUACAUCCUCGACGCAGCGCUGCUUUCGGUGAGAAGAUCACUUCUAAACACCGCCUUACGGGGGAGGCAGCGUUAGACACCGCGACAACUUAAGUACUUCCCUGCCGAUACACAUUUGCUUAUUUUUUAAGAAGAAUUCUAGUUGAUCAUAUUUGGCAUUUAAUUUCAACGUAUUUAUGUAGCCCGAGGCAAGUGCGAUUCUGGACGUGUGAGAUCUUAUCGCGCCGUUAACAGGUAGACAUCACCGAACCGUUUGUCCCCGAGCCCACGGGAAGCAAAGCACUCGUGCGGUCGUCGAUCACCAAGCUUGAGUGGCACGCUCUCCGGAAGAUUGUCUCUUUCUCGCGGAUUUGAUGGAUGUUUGAUCGGUUGGUGAUGCCCAUUUAUAUCAUCGACCGCAAAUUUCCAGAGACACCUGGUGAGUUGCUGCAGGCUGCUCCAGAAGGGCAGUGCGCCAUGGCUGACAACAACGCCCAGAGAAAGAAAAUCCGCUGGACGUCACUCGAGAUCGGCUUGCUGACCAUCGUAUCUUUGCUCUUCGUCAUCAUCGUGGCCCUCAUUGUCCUCUUUGCCACACAGAGCGACGGGGUCUGCACUACAGCUGACUGCACCCGGUCAGCGUCCCGUCUCAUUGAGAACAUGGACCCUACGGUAGACCCCUGUGAAAACUUCUACCAGUAUGCGUGUGGAGGCUGGCUGAAGAAAAACAUCAUCCCUGAAACGAGCUCACGCUACAGCACCUUUGACAUCCUCCGCGACGAGCUGGAGGUGGUGCUCAAAGGUGUACUGGAGAGAGAAGACAGCGAGAGCGCCUUAAGUAGCAGCUCACUGGCCAAAGCCAAGACCCUCUACAAGUCCUGCACCAAUGAAAGUGGCAUUGAACAGAGAGGAGGGGAACCUUUACUCCACAUGCUGCCAGAUGUCUUUGAUUGGCCCAUAGCCACAGAUGACUGGGACACCAAAAAUGGAACAAAUUGGACAGCAGAAGAUGCCAUUGCCAAACUGAAUGAGAAAUAUGGGAAGCAAGUCUUAAUCAGCUUUUUUAUUGGCACAGAUGACAGAGACUCCAAUUCCCAUAUCAUUCAUUUUGACCAGCCAAGCCUUGGCCUACCCUCCAGAGACUAUUACGUUUGCGAAGGACCCUACACUGAGGCCUGUGAAGCUUAUGAAAACUUCAUGGUUGAACUUGCUACGCUGGUCCGAAAAGACAGAAAGCUUGAGGUGAAUGUCACCAGGAUCAAGGAGGAGGUGGCUCGGGUGAUACAGCUGGAGAAGGAGCUUGCUAAUGUGACAGACACACCAGAAGACAGAAACAAUCCUGUUCUGCUCUACAACAAGAUGCCCUUGGAGACCCUGAACACCAACUACUCGUUGGAGUUCCAAUCCUCCGUGUUCAACUGGACCCUUUUCACCAAUAAGAUUAUGGAUACAGUCAGUAUUCCCGUUACGGAGAGUGAGCAAGUGAUCGUUUACGCACCAAACUACUUCAGGCGACUCAACCCUGUCCUGGCCAAUUACACAAAGAGAGACAUCCAGAACUACAUGGUGUGGCGUUUUUCCAUGAAUAUGGUCGUUGGAUUGAGUCGACAAUACAGAGACACCAGGAAAGCCUUUAGAAAAGCCAUCUCUGGCACCACCUCAGAGGCAGCGGUAUGGAGGCAGUGCGCCAUCUACGUGAACAACAACAUGGAGAAUGCUGUGGGAAGGCUGUAUGUAGAGGAGGCUUUUGCUGGAGACAGCAAGGACAUGAUGGACGAGAUGAUUACCAGCAUCAGAGAAGUGUUUGUGAAUAAUCUUCAUGACCUCACCUGGAUGGAUGACGACACCAGGAAGGCUGCGGAGGAGAAGGCUCGGGCCAUUCGUGAGAGGAUUGGGUUCUCUGAAAACAUCAGGAACAACACGUACCUGGAUGAGGAGUACAAAGAACUAAGCUACAGUUCUGAGGAAUACUUUGAGAACAUACUGAAGAAUCUGGAGUUUGGUCAGAAGAAACGACUGAAGAGGCUGAGGGUGAAAGUUAACAAAGAAGAGUGGAUCUCUGGUGCUGCUGUGGUCAAUGCAUUCUAUUCAUCCAGUAGAAAUCAAAUAGUGUUCCCUGCUGGUAUCCUCCAGCCCCCAUUCUUUGGUGAAGGGCAGCCUCAGUCCCUCAACUAUGGUGGAAUCGGCAUGGUGAUUGGCCAUGAGAUCACCCAUGGCUUUGAUGACAAUGGACGUAACUUUGACAAAGACGGAGACCUGAAGGACUGGUGGACACCGUCCUCAACACAAAGGUUCCAGGAGCUCUCCAAAUGCAUUGUGGAUCAGUAUAGCAGCUUCUCCUGGGACCUGGCCAAUGGGCAGCAUUUGAAUGGGAACAAUACCCUCGGUGAGAAUAUUGCGGAUAACGGGGGAAUUCGCCAGUCUUACCAAGCAUACCAGAACUAUGUCAGAAAGAACGGAAAGGAACUUCCUUUACCCGGACUCAACCUCAAUCACGAGCAGCUCUUUUUCCUCAAUUUUGCUCAGGUUUGGUGCGGAACACACCGACCUGAGCAUGCUGUUAACUCCAUCAAAACGGAUGUCCAUAGUCCAGGGAAAUUCAGGGUUCUUGGAUCUUUGCAGAACUUUCCAGAGUUUGCCAAAGCUUUCCAGUGUAACACCAAUGACUAUAUGGUGCCUAAAAAGAUUUGCCAGGUCUGGUGAUCAGUCUACACAAAGAGAAAAUGAGGGAGCUUGUUAACCCCUAAUGGCUCGGAAGUCCUCUUCUGAGUCUAUGGCCGCCUUUGUCCCGGGGGGAACGUCUGAUGGGCUCCACAGGGUAAAUAACCCUAAGCUUCAGCAGUGCACUUCAGUCAUACAGAUAUGGGGGAGCAGUCUUAGUUCACCCCUUCAGAUCACUUGAUUUUGGUCAAUAAGAUCAUCACAUAAUUCAUGGAUAUUACUGUUCAUAUAACCCUGAUGUUCUUCAAAAUCUAAAGGCAAUUUAAAAAUUUUGUCAGAUUUAAGUCUGUUCAUGUCAAUAUCAAAUCAAACUGAAUCUGGAAUAUCAUUAGCAUUUUGUAUGAUAAUUACUUCAAUAUACAUUUACACAUAGUAACUUUAAUUAUAUCUGAUCAACUGAUUAGUUUUUGGAAUUUUACAGUACUUCCCAUACAUGCCAAAAAUGUAAAAUUCUGUGCCUCGAAGAAAAUGAGGAUGAAGAAGUUUAGAAUAAAUUUAGUACAGUAAAUUUAGACAUAAGUGUGCUUCAGUAGCCUAAUAAUGCAUUAGGCUUUAAAGUAACUAAAAUUACAAAUCAAUAUUUUCUAUUGAGAUUCUUAUAUGAAUAUGAAUAUGGCUUGUAUUGCAUUGAAAUUUACAUGGAUAAUGAUUACAGGAAAACACAGUAUAUUUGCAUUUGUGAGUAUUUGCAAAUCCCAACUAGAAUACUGUACUAUAAGACCUGCAGAUUUGUAACCAUACUAGUCAUUGCUUUUAGUACUCCAAUCAUGUUAAACAUGUUAAACAUGCUCAGUAUUUCAUGGUACUCAUACAUGGUACAGGAAAUCAUAUUUGAUUCAGAAUUGUGUCUUUUCAACAUAUUUGAUUUAAAGGGGGAAGGAAAUGUCUUUUAUGCCAAGGUGUAUAGGAAUACGCACAGUGUGUGUGUGUGUGUGUGUGUGUGUGUGUGUGUGUGUGUGUGUGUGUGUGUGAGUGAGGUGUGCAUGUGAGGUGUUUGGUAGCCUUGAUGUCUGUAGGUAUAUGUUAGUUUAUGACAAAUCAUUCUUCUACCUACUGAACAUCAAUGAGAGAAUGCCUUAUGGUAAACUAAUGCUUUCUCCAUGGUAAUCUGCAUUACACAGACGAGUACAAACUUUGGUGGUCCUGUUCAGCUUAAUCAAUGUAAACAGCUACCAUUUAUGCCAAAGAUGUUAACAGUGACCUUGUGGGAUUUCAAAGAAUUUGAAUACUAUUUUCCCAAAUACUGGUCCCAAACAAUUCCGUCUUCUCUAAUUGCAACCUUAAAGUGACUUUUCUUAUAUUUUUAAGAAAAUCAGUAGAUAUGGUUUUGAGAUAUCCAUUGUGAUCAUGUAAGAUUAACUCAUUUAUGUCAAGUUUAUGAGUUGUAUAAGAUGUAUAACUCAUUUUUGAGUUGUACGAGAUGUAUAUUUUCUUCUUUUUCUCUGCAGCUACUGGGAUUCUGUUAAAGGAAAGCUAUGAAUCAUUAAUCACUGGAUUUCUGACUAAAACCUUUUUAUUUUUUUUGGCCUGGGUAGGAAAUACACUCCCAAAGCUAUUGUUUUUCCAUUUGCUCAUUUAUUUCCAUGUAUGUAAGGCUUUUGUGUUGGUCAGUACAUUUCAUUUCUAUAGUUUCUUUUCACUGGCCUUCAUCUUUUCAAACACUUGAGUACUGUUCUGAAGAAAUCCAUCUUAGCUUGUACACACACAGACAGAUAUACCUCAGAUGCCUGUAUUUAGAUACUUUGUAAUAAUAAACAUCUUCAAGAAGAGAAAUUCGUUUUAAUAAUAAAUCAUCAAUGCUGAA